CUCCCCGUCGCUGCCGCACAGAGUCUACAGAUUCCUCCUCUCCUCGUCCAAAGGCAGGCGAGAUGGCUUCCCCCGACGCGGCGGCGGCGCCGCCAACGGAGCCCGAAAGGUGGAGAGACCUGGACAUACUCCUCUCCCGCCCCGGCAACCUCGUACACUCCACCUUCGAUCCCAGCCCCGGGCUGCGGGAUCUUAUUGGGAGCUUCGUCGAGGUGCUGGUGGUGGGGGCGGGCGGCCUGGGCUGCGAGCUCCUCAAGGACCUCGCCCUCUCCGGGUUCAAGAACCUGCACGUCAUCGACAUGGACACCAUCGACGUCUCCAACCUCAACCGCCAGUUCCUCUUCAGGAUUCAAGAUGUUGGGAAGCCCAAGGCUGAAGUAGCUGCGAAGAGGGUUAUGGAGCGAGUUAGUGGAGUGAACAUUGUGCCCCAUUUUUGUAGGAUUGAAGAUAAAGAGCUAGAGUUCUAUAAUCAGUUCCAAAUAAUUGUUCUUGGUCUGGACUCAAUUGAAGCUCGAAGCUACAUCAAUUCUGUGGCUUGUGGUUUCUUAGAGUAUGAUUCAGACGACAAACCAGUCCAGGAGACAGUUAAACCUAUGGUAGAUGGUGGGACAGAAGGUUUCAAAGGUCACGCUAGAGUCAUUAUACCAGGGACAACGCCUUGCUUUGAAUGCAACAUAUGGCUUUUUCCUCCCCAGGUCAAGUUUCCCUUAUGUACCCUUGCUGAGACUCCAAGAACUGCAGCUCAUUGCAUUGAGUAUGCUCAUUUGAUCAAAUGGGACGAGGUUCACAGUGGAAAACCUUUUGAUGCUGAUGAUACAGAACAUAUGCAGUGGAUUUACUCAGAGGCUUUAAAAAGAGCAGAACUUUUUGGUAUUUCCGGAGUUACGUAUUCUUUGACUCAGGGUGUUGUCAAGAAUAUCAUCCCAGCUAUUGCUUCAACAAAUGCAAUUAUUUCUGCUGCAUGUGCACUUGAAGCUUUGAAGCUCAUCUCUGGCUGCAGCAAAAGCGUGUCAAAUUAUCUCACGUACAAUGGUCUUGUAGGAACUCAUAAUAAAGUCACAGAGUUUGUUAGAGAUACAGAUUGCCUUGUAUGUGGACCUGGUACCCUUAUUGAGCUGGACACGUCAUCGACACUUUCGGAGUUCAUCAAGAUGCUUGAGGAGCACCCCAAACUGCUGAUGUCAAAAGCUAGCGUGACGCACGGAGGCAACAAUCUGUACAUGCAGUCGCCAGAAGUUCUUGAGCAGAUGACAAGGCAAAACCUGAGCAUCCCCAUGUUUGAGCUCCUUAAAGGAACCCCAUUUGCUACGGUGCAUGUUAGUGGUAUGGCGGAGAGCAAUGGGAAGAAAGUGUCAUCGCUGAGGAAGCUGCGUGUAGCCUUCAAGGGCGUCGAGGAAGCUUCGAAGAUGGAUACAACUGAGAGCUCGUGAUAUCAUCGUUGUUGCUGCCUAUGCCCUUCUUAGAUAAUAUUAACCUCCCAUUUCGUUGAGAGAGUAGUGUAUUUCGAAGCGGAUGAAAUGGAAGCUGAAAUUUACACUUGGCACGGUCUCUUCGGGGUCAACUUAAAUAUACAACCUCUGUCUGGAAUUAACUGUCACUUAAACAAGUGUCAGGAGUAUUUGGCAAAACAUGGUAGUUUGUGUAGUAUGGCUUGUAUCUAAGUGGUGAACUGGUCAUGCUAUUUUACCAGAUCUGGUUUAAGAUGCAACAGUUUUGCCGAGAA